AUGAUGUUAUUAAUUAUGUUUUUAGUAUUUGUAUUGACUCAGUGUAAAUCAAGUGCUGGAUUUUUAUACUCACCUAUUACUAACUCAUUUAUUUGUAACUCAAAUGAACUGAGUAAGACUGGAUCAAUACCUCUGAGGUUUGUCAUUAGUGUUCCUGAUACACACAACAAAAGACGGAGUGGGAAGUUUGAGCUAAACUUUGAUGUGCUGAACAUUAGCGGAAGACCAGGCAACGGAAAUAAAAUCAGCAUCAAUCGGAGGGGUGAGGUCAAACUGUACAAAGGCGAUCGAUGUGAAGCAGCUUAUGGCAUGCAUUUGAAAACCGAGAUAUGCAAAAGAACGCCUAGGCAAAUUUUUAUUUGGGUGCCAGAACAGCACUUUUCAGAGUUUGUUAAUGUAGUUGUAAAUAAGGCAGAGAAGCUAGGCAAGAAGGAUGAACAGCAAAAGGAUCCAUACUCAGAAUUAAAAGACUCAAUAGACGAUAUUAAGAAAUUGGUUAGAUCAAAGAGAAGGCUGUCAAGAACAGUGUCAGAUGAUUGUAAAAGUCCAUUAAAGGAGCUGUGUGAGAAAAAUGGUAAAAAAGGCAAGUUUACCGAUCGGAUGGUAGACACCUAUUUAUGGGCUUACUGUACAAGCAGACCAACACCUAAGGAGUGCGACAGCAUUAUGAUGAGGGAUAGAAUAGACAAGAAUGUGUGUCUUGAGGAAAACACAGGUAUAGGACAGCAUGGCGUAGCUAAAGAUUCAAGAAUAUCACUCGGAUCAUCUGGAAUAGUAGAUCAGAUCUCUUCAAUGUUAAAAAAGCGAGGUAUUGAAGCACACUCACAUCAACCUUCAAAAACUAGGCAGAGAAUGAGAGGAGAAGACUCAUCGGACAUGAGCAUGGGCCAUUGUGAAUGCAAGUUCGAAUGUGUAAGAAAUCCAAAGAAUGGAAGGUGCUUUUAUACAUACACAAAGGAUGGUAAAUUAAAACCAAUAAUGAAAAGUGAAAACUGCUGUGAAAAAAACAAAGCCCGUUUGUGUGACUAUGAUAAUAUAAUAGAAAAAUACCUAUGCGAAUUGACUGCAAAGAACGAUCAUGUUAGUAAGUUUCUUGAUGAUAAUUUUGUAUGCGACUAA